UCUAUCAGUGAUCUUGGUGGAUCCGGAGUCUAUCCCAGGAACACUUGGUGCAAGGACAGACAGAGAGCAGGUAUGUCCUGUGCCGGUCAGCAGAAGCAGAGGGAUGACGGUGAGCAGCAGAAGGUGAGAAGAAGAGCGAUGCAGACCCGACAUCGAGCCACACUUGCGGGUCUUUUCGAGGCACUGAAGAACAUGGUGUGUCCAUCCAGUCAGUCCAGUCAUAACUGUGAGGCUUCUUCUAAUCAAAGAAGUCCUGCCAAGUGGAAGAUCCUAGAUCAUGCCAUGGGAUUUCUUUUGGAGAAGGAGGCUUACCUCAGCAAACUCCUUGCACUGAAAGAAGUUUAUCUUGAAGAUGAUGGAGGACCGAAGAGUUUGGAAGACGUGCGAGAACAGUAUAGGAGGCUCUAUUCCAAACACUUUUCGCACAUCAGAAGUCAGAACUGUAGAGCUCGUGUACCUGAUGUAGAUGAAGGCCAUGAGAGCAGUGAGGUCGACUCAACUGAUGAAGAAACAGAUGAGCUGCCUCAGUCCCAGUCAUCUGGGUCAUCUGUCCCCAACAUCCAGGAGUUCGAGGGAUAUCUCUUUUUCUACAGUGAGACUCUCGAGCUCCUUUUGCGCAGUGGAGUGCUCGCUCCAGAUCAGACAGGUCUUUCUGUAGUGUCCGAGGCCAUCUCAGGUCUGUGGAGCUCUCUACCUCCAGAACGAAGGGCAGAAGCACAGCAACACGCUCUAGACCAGAGCUCUGUCUCAUGGGAAGGCCAGACUGAGAUCAUCGCCUCACCUCUCACCAGCUUAAAUCCUUCUGCAGCUUAUCUUGUUGAGGAGGAUCUACUACAGGAUGCCUAUGAUGUGGUACAGAGAGAUAUGGACGCUGCUUCAGUAAACAAACCUGCAGCACUGCAGAGCUGUGACUACGAGAAGCUGAGGCAAAUCUACAAGGACAUCUCGGGCUUCAUCAAGAACCACAUGGCUGAGGAUCAGGAGCUUCCGCAGGAUCUGUCUCAAGCAGCUGAGUAUGAAGAGCAUCUCCUGAGGUGUUCAGAAAGCUUCGAUGAAGAUUUCUAGCCAGUUCCUUCAGCCUUCAAAGCGGCUGCUUUCCAUUUUAUUCGACAGUGAAUUCUGUUAUGGUUUGAGGUGUUGCAUCAUCAGUAGGUUCAUAUGAAAUUUGUUUUUUUUUAAAAAACAAACAAACAAACAAACAAAAAAACCCACUGUGUUCAGUCCUGGCUUAUUGUCUUAUAUAUAUAUAUAUAAUGAUGACAUUUCUGUAAGCCAUGAGAGUUCCAAUGUUCUCUUAUUAUUCAUAUGUUUUAAAUAAAUAAUGUCAAGGCAAGAUGAACAGUUACAAA